AUGGAACAGCUGAGGAAUAUUUUAAAUGUAAAUAAAUUAGCCCGAGAAGAACAAUUUAAAAGGGUAAGGCCUUUGAUAACAUCAUAACAAAACAAUACAAUUUUAAUUUCAUUAGAUCAAUUGAUCAUAACCAAUUAAAGUUGAACAUGUUAAACAAUAGAAAUAAAACGGCAUGCAAUUGGUUUUUAUACAUGUUUGGAGAAAAAACGUGUUAAAAUUUCUUUUCUAAACUCUAUGAAACAAAUGAGACUCUUAACUUACAUUUUUAACAUUCAAGGUGGAAAAAAUAGAACUAAAAUCUCCUGAGAUACCGGUACAUGGAAUGAUUAAGUAUUUCAGUAAGUAAAUUACCUUUUUUUUAAAAUAUAAAAUUAAUGAAAAAUAUAUUUAUUUGUUGCUCAUUAAAAAAAAAAAAUAAUUCAUAACUGCAUGAAUUUAUUAAAAUCUUUUACUUUAUACAUAUUUUAAAGCUAUCAACAUCUCAAAUUGAUUAAACUUUAAAUAUUCUUAAUCAUAGUUGAUAAUUGUGCUUAUAUUCUAGCACCUACCAAUCUGCCCUCAAAACGGCCUGAAGGGUUCACAGCUCUGGUUUCAAGCAAUGGAUCUGAGUUUAAACUUGGUGAGACCGUCCACUGUUUUACUCAAGUACGGCUAAACCACGGAAAUCACUUUGACCCAUCAACUGGUAAAUUCACUGUACCUAGUAAUGGCGUUUACCUUAUCAGUGUGUGUGUAGAAAAAUGCUCAGGACAGGUUAUGUUACAUCUAGUUAAACAGCAGCCUAUAAAGUCUUCAUGUAAUGUUAUCAAUCAAGUGGUAGUCAAUGAUAAGGAAACCAAUGCUUGUCUUGUCGCUGUUGAAGAGCUCCUCAAAGAUGAGGAACUCAUGAUCAGGAGCUAUAAUCAAGGAAGUUUGAGAAGAUUUUCUAGUUUCUCGUGUUUCCGAAUAUUCUAACUUGAUUAAAGGAUGGAACACACAUUUUAUAUAAUGUUCCAUGCCUUAAUUAUACUUUAUAAAAGGUAC